AUGACAUGUGGAUCAGAGAUGCCAUCUGUCAACAAAAUCUUGACCGGUACCGGCUGGUCACCGGUCAAAUGUGGCGACUGGAGGCCGGUUGACUGGCCAUUUUUCACAAACUUUGACCGCCAAGUCAAUCGGCCGGUUGAUGACUCUCAACCGGACCGGGAACGGGCGCCCGAUCCGAUUGCAUCUCUGAUGUGGAUAGUAAAAAUGCCUGCAGAACACUCCUUUGUAGAAUCGGAAAAAGAAAAGCAACGUAAACGUUUUCGACAAACACCAACGAAAAAUUUAUUAUAUAAGAAGCGAAAAUUGCGUCAAACAUUCGAACCAAAACAAUUAACUGCUGCUGAUAUAAAAGAUCAUUUUACUUGGGCAUUAUUAUCAACAAUACUAUGCUUUUUUAUUAUCGGUCCUUGUGCUGCAUUAUAUUAUAGUAGAUGUAUAAAAAAAAUGAUUAAAAAUGGUGAAUAUAUUAAUGCUUAUCAAAUUUCUCAAACAGUAUCUAGUUUAUUAAUGGUAUCAAAUAUAAUUGGUGCUAUGAUUGGGAUCUGCGAACUGAUACGAACUACAGAAAUGAUGAAAAAAUAG